CGAUGCGGAGCGAGGUGACGCACAAGCGAUUCAGAUCACCCCGCUCCGCGCCGACCCCCACCAAGGCCCAGACCGCAGCAGGCUCCUCCGGGUGCCCCUCGGUUAAAAAUGGUCUCCAGGAUGGUCUCUACCAUGCUAUCUGGCCUAGUGUUUUGGUUGACAUUUGGAUGGACUCCAACAUCUGGUUAUAACCCGAGGACCCCUGACCGGGUCUCAGAAACAGAUAUCCAGAGGCUGCUCCACGGCGUUAUGGAGCAGUUGGGCAUUGCCAGGCCGCGGGUAGAGUACCCAGCUCACCAGGCCAUGAAUCUUGUGGGCCCACAGAGCAUCGAAGGUGGCGCGCAUGAAGGUCUGCAGCACUUGGGUCCUUUUGGCAACAUCCCAAACAUCGUGGCAGAAUUGACUGGUGACAACAUUCCAAAGGACUUCAGUGAAGAUCAGGGCUACCCAGACCCUCCAAAUCCCUGUCCCGUUGGAAAAACAGUAGAUGAUGGAUGUCUAGAAAACACCCCUGACACAGCAGAAUUCAGUCGAGAAUUCCAGUUGCACCAGCACCUUUUUGAUCCAGAACACGACUAUCCAGGCUUGGGAAAGUGGAACAAGAAACUCCUCUAUGAGAAGAUGAAGGGAGGACAGAGACGGAAGCGGAGGAGUGUCAAUCCGUAUCUACAAGGACAGAGACUGGAUAAUGUUGUCGCAAAGAAGUCAGUCCCCCAUUUUUCAGAUGAGGAUAAGGACCCAGAGUAAAGUGAAGAAGCUGGGUGGAAACCCACACCGCCUGUCAGGCCGUGGUGUUGCUUAUGUGCAUGUGUUGUUAGAGCCCCCGUGAGGGCAGCAUGUUUCUAAUUUAGACGAGUAUGGAUGAAAAGCAGCUGUAUUUUGAUAUUGCAUUGUCCUUCACACCAAUAGCUCUUUCUGCUAAAAUAGAAGAAAAGCUUUUUUAAAAUGUGGAUCUGCAAUGAGCAUUGAAAUUAAAGUGUAUAUGUCAACAACAAUAAAAAGCAAGAAUGAAAUGUCUUCAGAUUUCUUGCAGUUGAAAAUGGUGUUUGGGGCUGCACUGUUUGGGCGGAGUCUGUAAAAAGCUGGCAUUUGAUUUUGAUUCUGUCAUUCAUCCAUCCCUUGGUUGUUAUUACACACCAAUAAAGGACAUCGUUCUCAAGAG